AUGGUGGGCCCACAUUGUCCGGAAAUCAAACAGUCAUUGAUGCAUGAUCAACAGCCUUAUAAUGAGGGUAAGAAAGGCUGUGAGAUCUACUCAUCAUUUUUCACCUCCCCAGCCGACCGGAGUGAACCAGAAGCAGUCCAAAAGCAAGAGACAGAACAACGCAGUCUGCGUAAGCCCGGCGAGACGGGCAAAUCCAAGGAAGAGUCAUUCCAUAGAUGGUGUGAAUUUUCAUCAAACGCGGUCGGUCGAGAGGAGUUUUGGUCUGAUGUGACUGACAAACCACCGGCAGAAGUGGUCGUGCGUUUGGGUGAACCAUGUGGUUUGGAUUCGUCCGAGUCCAAGUUCCCGAAUAAACGGUUACGCAACGCGACCAUCGCGGAAGUGCUUUGA